AUGUUUCUUGAGUGGGAGAGCGGAGGCAUCGUCGCGGCCAAGGUCCAUCGGGUCGGCCUAGAUACUGCCCCCAUUCCUCCGCGAACGGAAGCUGAUCCUGUUCUGAUUCCAAAGAAUCGGGCAUUCAUCGGUAAGGGUCAGCGUGCGGGCUGGCGCAGUUACAAGGGCAGCCGAGAGGGUGCCCCCUCAGGCGAAACCCACACACUGAUAGAUGAUGAUGAAUAUGACCUCCUUUACCAGUACUACUACGGUGACGCCUUGGCCGAUGCGGAGGUUGGUGAUACCAGCGCCAGUGAGACAUGCCGUGUGGGCGGGUGUGUUAACCAGCUGGACUGGCAGGGAGCCGGCAGUGGCGAGACGCGCACGAUGGAUGCUUUUGGGCCGCGAGGGGCUCGUCAGAAGCUUCCUUUAGACCAGUUUCCCAGGCACGGCCUCCUCCUCCGGCGCUACACGGUUUCGUGGUAUUCUCCCAGCCCCGACGCGCUCGUAGGCCGGGAUGUCGCCGAUGGAGCGACCCGCCGGCAACACCAGCAGGACUUCGACCUCAACGCCCCGGAAUAUCUUCAGUAA